AUGGCUGAGGCGGUGAGUGUUGUGGCCGAAUCCCUUGCGGGAGAUAGGGCACGGGCGGCGCGCAAUGUGCUAGAUCAGGUGGUGCUCCCGGGUGAGGAACUGCUGCUGCCCGAGCAGGAGGACGCUGAAGGCCCAGGAAGUGCUGGAGAGCGACCGCUGCGCCUGAAUGCGGGGACGCGCUCCCGAGGGCGCGUUGUGUGCGGCCCGGGCUUGCGGCGCUAUGGCGACCGCCUGCUGGUCACCAAGUGCGGCCGCCUCCGUCACAAGGAGCCCGGCGGCGGUAGCGGCGGUGGCGUGUACUGGGUGGAUUCACAGCAAAAACGGUAUGUCCCAGUGAAAGGAGACCAUGUGAUCGGCAUAGUGACAGCUAAAUCUGGAGAUAUAUUCAAAGUUGAUGUUGGAGGGAGUGAGCCAGCAUCUUUGUCUUACUUGGCAUUUGAAGGUGCAACUAAAAGAAACAGACCAAAUGUGCAGGCCAGUGGAAUGGGUGUGAUUGGACAGGAUGGUCUUCUUUUUAAAGUGACUUUGGGCUUAAUUAGAAAGCUCCUGGCUCCAGACUGUGAAAUCCUACAGGAAGUGGGAAAACUCUACCCACUGGAGAUAGUAUUUGGAAUGAAUGGAAGAAUAUGGGUUAAGGCAAAAACCAUUCAGCAGACCUUAAUUUUAGCAAACAUUUUAGAAGCUUGUGAACACAUGACGGCAGAUCAAAGAAAACAGAUCUUCUCCAGAUUGGCAGAAUGUUAAUGGAAUUUUUUAUGGGUCAGUUGACCCAAGAGACCAUGGGUUUCCUGGGGAAAAGUUUUUCAGGGGAACCUCUGCCCAUUAAACAUUCAGAAGACAAAAUGUGAAUGUACAUAUUGUCUUAAUUAAAGUCCUAAAUAAAAUAUUUUUAUAAAAAUGUUACUAGUUGCCACCCAUGUUCUUGUGGGUGAGAAAAAUCAUUAUAAAAUAAUGGUGUAUUUUUUUUCUUUACAAUAAAGUUUACUAAAAGUA